AUGGCAAGCCGUCAGACAAUUGAAAUAGUUUAUAGAAGCUUCAGGGAUAUACUGGACGUUGCUGAACCUUUCAGUGGAAAAGUAACCAUUUUUGGAGGUGAUUUUCGCCAGGUACUGCCAGUAAUUCCAAAAUCUACCAGGGCUGAAACAGUAAAUACAAGUUCGGUCAAAUCGUACUUGUGGCAUCAGAUGGAAAGGAUUAAAUUAACAAGAAAUAUAAGGGCACGAACAGAUCCAUCGUUUAGUGAAUUUUUAUUGCGUAUAGGUAAUGGGGAAGAGCCUACAACAAGAGAUGAUUUUGUAAUUCUUCCAAAACAACUGGUUAUUGAAAAUAAGAGCAGUAGUACUGCAGAAGUCACCUUAGUAGACCAAAUAUUCCCAUCGCUUGAUAAAAAUGCAAGUUGUGCAAAAUACAUGACGGAACGGGCUAUUCUAGCUAGCAGAAAUGAGUACGUUGAUCAGCUAAUUGAAAUGUUAAUUUCCAGAUUUCCUGGUAAAAGCAGAACGUUUCUUAGUUUUGACUCUGCAGAGGAUGACACCAAUAAUUACUAUCAGGAAGAAUACUUAAAUACACUAACACCAAGUGGUCUACCUCCACACAGGUAUGCUUUUGAUUAUUAA